GUCGAAGUUGAGGAAGACGUUGAGCUGUGAGACAGGUGGAGCUGUGAGACAGGUGGAGCUGUGAGACAGGUGGAGCUGAGGAAGGAGACUCUUUCUUUAAACUACACCCGAGAGAUGAAGCGGGCAGACGCGUGAACACAGCCCGGCUCUGCUCGCACCAUGCUGGGUUUGGCUGUGAACGCGGCGCGGGCUGCACCGAAGCUGUGCGUCCUCUCCCUGCUCCACACGAGACAUCCGCUCCGUCACGUCCCUCUGCAGUCGUGGUGCAGACGUCCACACGUCGGCUCUGCUCGCUGCCUCGCCACAGGACCAGACUCGCCUCCCCCUGCCGCGCUAACGGACCCCUCUGAGUGCACUGAACCAGAACCCAGCCACAGAACCUCCGCCUGGUCUCCUGACCAGGGUCCACCAUCUGCUCCCACCCACUGCUGCAUGAGCGGCUGUCAUAACUGCGUGUGGAUCGAACACGCCGAGCAGCUGCUGGCGUACUACCACGACGGAGGCGACCGGGCGCUCGCCGCCAUCGAGGAGAACGUCCUGGACGAGAACCUGAAGACCUACCUGAAGAUGGAGAUCCGACUCCUGAAAAAGACGUGACUGAUUCUCACGGCCUGUAACUUCAACCUCAGAGUGUGAGCACUGAACACGCUGCACUCACUGAGGCAUCCUCCUCCUGCAGGACGUUUCAGAAAACUGAAGAAAGGUAAAGCGAGCUGUAGGAGUCCACCUGUUGUUCUCACUGUUCAUGUCUGACGUUCCCAAACUUUCAUAACAUAAUAUGUCAAAUACUGGAGGAAUCACACGUCAGUUAGUGUUAUUUAAAGGGAUAGUUCAGGUUAUUUGAAGUCUCCAUGGUUAGAGAAGCAGACAGGAGAACCAGCAUGGAGCUAAGUGAUGUACUGUGGAUGUCAGACCACUGCUUCACUUUGCCGUGUGACAACAUGACGUGAAACUGAAGCAUUUAUAUCGACCUGUGAUUCCAGACUUAAUCAUUUCACCUCAGAGUUUCUGGCCGUGAUCUGCAGCCGCUCUGUGGAGAGAGCACAGGUCGACAUACACGCAUCAGUUUCCUGUCUGACGGGAAGAUGUGAGCUGUAGCACACAUUUUAAUUCUUACCCUGAACUUUCUCUUUAAGUUUUAACUUGAAACGUCGUCACAGAUCCAUAUGAUUUAAUAGCACUUUUAUUUUCUUGAUUUUUUUUUUUUUUUUUUUACCACCUGAUUCAGUAAUUCAUGAAUAAUUAAUUCAUAUAAUUCAUCAGUUUAUUGUCACUUUUCUUUGAGUCGUGAAGCAUUUUUGCACAUUUAUCAGUUUGAAGUGUUUAAAAAUAUAUUUUUACUCUUCGUGAUAUUUAAGGAUUUAU